AUUUGGGCUGUUGUCAAAUCCGAAAAUACUCUCCGUUUGGAUUUGUGCUCCUUUGCGAACCAUCAAAGUCCCGCCUGUGGGCCCGUGAAGCUGCACGAUGAGCGGCGUGGAGGUACCGGCCGGGCUGAAGGAGCUGCUGCAGGGCUACACGGUGGAGGUGCUUCGCCGCGAGCCCCCGGAUUUGGUUGAAUUCGCCGUGCAGCAUUUUACACGAAUUCUGGAGGGACAAAAAAAGAGCCGAGGAGCCAAGAAACGCGGCACCAGGCCGACCCGGAAAGGAGUGACCUUUGACGCCCUGUCGAAUAAGCCCAAACAGGUUGAUGAAGAGGAGGAGGAAGACACUGUCAAGUCCACCGCCAGUAAAUAUAAUCGCAGAGUUUCAGUUUGUGCAGAGGCGUACGACCCGGACGACGAAGAGGACGACGAGGCAGAGCCUCGGAUCGUGCACCCGAAAACGGACGUGCAGCGUCGCAGGCUUCAGGAGGCGUGCAGAGACAUUCUGUUGUUUAAAACCCUGGAGCAGGAGCAGUUCUCUGAGGUUUUGGACGGCAUGUUCGAGGUGUUGGUCAAGCCUCAGGAGCACAUCAUAGACCAAGGAGCCGAUGGAGACAACUUCUACGUCAUAGAGAAGGGUGUGUAUGACAUUCAUGUGCAGAAGGGCGGAGUGAGUGUGUGCGUUGGAAAGUACGACAACAAGGGCAGCUUCGGCGAGCUGGCCCUCAUGUACAACACGCCGCGAGCUGCCACCAUCAUUGCCACGCAGGAGGGCGCCUUGUGGGGCCUGGAUCGAGCCACUUUUCACAGGCUGAUUGUUAGAAAUAACGCAAAGAAGAGGAGGACGUAUGAGGCCUUCAUUGAGUGUGUUCCUCUUUUGAAGUCUCUCGAGCUCUCUGAGAGGAUGAAGCUUGUUGACGUCGUCGGAGCACGAGCGUUCAAAGAUGGAGAACGCUUGAUCACGCAGGGGGAGGACGCCGACUGCUUCUACAUUGUGGAGUCGGGAGAGGUGAAGAUAACGAUCACCAGCAGAACGAAGGCAGGCCCGCAGGACGAGGUGGAGGUGGCUCGCUGCUCCAGGGGGCAGUACUUCGGGGAGCUGGCAUUGGUCACCAACAAACCUCGAGCAGCCUCCGUUUACGCCGUGGGAGAGACCAGAUGUUUGGUAAUUGACAUCCAGGCGUUUGAGCGGUUGCUGGGACCCUGUAUGGACAUCAUGAAGAGGAACAUCUCCCAGUAUGAGGAACAGCGGGCGGCGCUUUUUGACUCCAGUGUGGAAACACCAAGAGACGUCCUUUUAAAAUGAAGCAGUAUUUAGGGAAAAUGUAUUAAAGUGUUACAUUGCUGUUGGAGCUUUAAAUAUCGACUUGAAUGCAACAGAACCAGAGAAAUACAAUUUUCUUCUUUUUUUUGGUAGAUUCUCUCAUUCCAAGUCAAGGCGUUACCAGUCAGAGAGGCAGGUUACAGGUCGGGGGGGAAUUCACUUAUUUAUGACAUUGAGGCAAUAUAUCAGAUCUCAUGCAGAUACCUCCAGAAACAGAAGUCCUUUAUUUUGCCAUACUUAGUGGUAUUUCCCAGGUUGAUGUGUAGAGUAACGAGGCCUGUUGCCUAAACU